CAUAUAUAUACCGCCGAGCCGUCAUUCCAAUUAUCAUCAUCACUCAACAAUUCCUACUUCACUCUCUAAAGCACACUUGCAUCUACAAAUUCCCAGUCAAUCAAUCAAUCAAUUUUCGAUCGGUCGAUCAGCGGAAAACAUGAUGAAACCAACAAAGACGGCGAUGACAAUGUCUACAUCUAGUACUAGCAGUGGCAAAUCAAGCGAGGAGAAGAGAAACGAGCGGAAUUAUACAGGUGUCCGGAAGAGGAAAUGGGGGAAAUAUGUAUCGGAGAUUAGAUUACCGAACAGUCGGGAGAGGAUUUGGUUAGGUUCAUAUGACACACCGGAGAAAGCAGCAAGAGCUUUUGAUGCUGCUAGCUACUGUUUACGUGGACGAAAGGCGAAUUUGAAUUUCCCGAAUUAUAGUACUAAAUUGGCCGAUAUGGUGUGCGGAAGUGGCGGGCGCUCGUCACUUACACCAACUGAAAUCCAGAACAUUGCAGCAAAAUUCGCAAACGAGGAGCAUCAUGAUCAGCAAGAUCAUGAUGAACAAGAAGUGAUAAGUAGUACUGUUAUUCCAAGCUGUAGAGAUCAAGAUCAUAGUUUUAGUAGUACCACGACAACUAUGCCAGUAGCUAAUUCAGAAUUCUGCCAAUCUUCAGAAGCUUCAUCUUCCUACGCUGCAUCAUAUUCAUCACCAAUGUUUUCAAGUGCAGCAUGCUCGUCGCCGAUGUUUUCUAGCAUUACAGAUACUGAUAAUGUGUAUAACCCAUCAAUGGACUGGUCAUUCUUGGAUUUAUUAAACACGCAACCGCAGUCAGCUGAAAGUAGUAUGGCACCAUCCACGCCUUAUUACGGUAGUAGUAUAUUCGAUGAUGAUCUUCCAAUUGAAUAUUCCCUUCCCCCACCGGAAACUGAUAGUUAUGCCGGUGAUCAAGAAAUGUCGACGACUCAAUAUACCCAACAAUCUUUUCUUUGGGAUUGGUAGAUAGGUUUCGAGUAGCAGAUACAUACACGUACAGUAAGUAGUAGAGUACUGGUGUAUAGUCAUCGCGCACUCCGGCGAGUUUUAGUUGCUGGACCCUUUAUUUUCCAUUGUCUCCUCCGGUUUACAAAAGCUAAAGCUCUCUAUUUUGGUGGUGCUAUUGUUUUCAACUGUCAUCUCCAAAUUAUUCAUAUCCUUUAUAAAGAAAUUUGUUGUAGUACAAAGAAGAUAUUUUUGGACUUGCACAGUUAAAUAAAUUAGGAUAUGUUCGAAA